UAUUUUCCGCAUAUGAAAGAUAGAAGAAUAGAAGAAAUAUAUAACAAAAAUAAUAGCAACAGUAGUGGUAAUAAUAAUAAUAAUAAUAAUGGUAAUAGGAAUAGUAAUAAUAAUAAUUAUAAUAAUACUAAUAAUAAUAAUAAUAAUAAUAAUAAUAAUAAUAAUAAUAAUAACUACAACAACAACAAAAGAGAGAAAACAAAACAAAUACACACACUAGAAACAACAGAAAUACGGUGUCAAGCUAGGAACUAGGACGCCAUGAAAUGGCGAGGGGU